ACAUUUCAGAUCAACAGCUUCAUUAGUUAAACCCAAAGUCCGAACCCGAUUAUUCCGAAAUACAACCAACGGGUUUCUCAGUUUGUCCUACGCCGCGAAUACAAAUAAGAGCCGCCGUGCCGGCUAAUACUUCAACAUAAAUUAUAAAAUUCAAAAAAAUUACAGAGAGAAAGAAACCCUGAAGCUUAAGGAAAUGAGACCUAACAACAUUGUGACCGAGGCAGGAUUGCAAACUAGAAUAGGGCAAUGGUGGGAGAAUAUUCCAUUUUUAACCUCCUCAAUAGUGAUUGUUUGUGGAAUUAUUUACUUGGUUUGUCUCUUGAUUGGCUAUGAUUCUUUUGUUGAAGUUUGCUUCUUGCCGUCCGGGGUUGUAUCUCACUUUCAAGUUUACAGAAUCUUUACGUCUGUUCUCUUUCACGGAUCGAUACUUCAUGUGGCUUUCAACAUGAUGGCUUUGGUGCCUUUGGGUUCUGAACUAGAGAGGAUCAUGGGAUCCGUCCGCUUGCUUUACUUGACUAUUUUGUUAGCUACAACCAAUGCUAUUUUUCAUCUUCUUAUUGCAUUGGUGGUAGCUUAUAAUCCCUUUCACGGGGAUGAAUUUUUGAUGAACGAGUGUGCGAUAGGUUUCUCUGGAAUUUUAUUUUCUAUGAUCGUGAUAGAGACAAGUUUGAGUGGAGUUCAGUCUAGGAGUGUGUUUGGUCUCUUCAAUGUUCCUGCUAAGUGGUAUGCCUUUAUUUUAUUAGUAGUCUUUCAGGUUCUUAUGACAAAUGUCUCCUUACUUGGACACCUGUGUGGAAUCUUGUCUGGAUUUGCAUAUACAUAUGGCUUAUUCAACUUCCUCUUGCCUGGAACAUCUUUCUAUUCGUCCAUUGAGGCUUCCUCUUGGCUGUCUUCUUGUGUGAGGCGGCCUAAAUUUAUUAUGUGCACUGGUGGUAAUCCUACAGGAUACAUACCAACACAUUCCAACCAAAAUACUAACUCAAGUGCAUUGUUUUCUGGAAACACGUGGAGAAACUUAUCAUCAUGGAUACCUCAGAGGGAAACUUCUCCUCAGUCAGCAGAAGAUAGCAGGUUUCCUGGAAGGGCAAGGACACUAGGUUCGACUGGAAAUCAAACAGUUCCUGCUGUAAAUUCAGAUUCAAACUUGCAGGCUAGACUCUUAGAAAAUAGCAACUCUAAUCUUUCCUCAACUUUGGCUGCAACAGGUGCAGUAGAGAGGCCAUCAGAUGGAAGGAGGCUCAUAGUAGAUAAUGCCGUUGCAGCAGCUUUAGAACGCCCUACACGCCAUCAGGAUUCAGCUGCUUCUGAUAAACAGAUCCAAAAACUUGUAUCUAUGGGUUUUGAGAAGACGCAAGUAGAAGUUGCAUUGGCAGCUGCUGAAGGAGACCUGAAUGUUGCUGUCGAAAUUCUUACGAGCCAGCAAGGAUAAAUUGCAAAGCAACUCAUUCAUCUAUUCUUCGAAUACGGAUGUUGCCAAGCACAAACCAAUUUACCAACUUCUGUUAAAAGAAAACACAAGAACACUUGUAAAAUUUCAGCGUAAAUCUUCAAUGUAGAAAUACGAUCGGAACAGUGGACAGACAGACUGACUUCUACUGAUAAAUGACUUUUUACGUGAUGUAAUACUGAUAAUUGAUCUAAUGCUUCUAUAACAAUUUAUUUAUGCCA